CAUUUUCAGGUCCGCGGUGGUUGCGUCUCAGUGCUCCACCCAAGGAGAGCCUGAGCGCGGCAGUGAGGUGGGUCGCCGUGAGUAAAGCCUCCAUCAGCGAAAGAAAACGGAAGUAUGCAUAAAAAUUCAUAAAAAUGCAGUGGCGCGGUACGGCAACUCCGCAUGCCCUUCAGGACCUGCUUGGCUGGCUGGCUGACUGGACUCCUUGCGGUCUAGAGAGUUACACUACUUCACUCUGCCCUCAGGAGGGGUGCUGUCAAGGUCUACCCGUCAGGCUGUCUUCUUCGUGCUGCCCUGCCUGCUUCCCGCCCUCCCGUCAGGACGCCCAUACGCCUGCAAGCAAACACCACUGUCACAUAACCUGCAAACGCCCCGCCCCGCUACAGCUCCCAGUCAAGAUGCGGUGGGACGCCUCCACGUGGGUGAUGGUGGCGGUGAUGGCCUGCCUGGGCGCCUGGACCUGCCACGCCUGCAACGAGGUGGUGUGCGCCAGUGUGGUGAGCAAGUGCAUGCUGACCCAGGCCUGCAAGUGUGAUCUCACCAGGUCCCCAGACAACAACUGCACGUGCUGCCGUGACUGCGCCAAGUGCCUGGGCUACCUGUACACCGAAUGCUGCUCCUGCCUCGGAAUGUGCGAGCCAAGAGAGCAGGUGCUGGAUAGGACGGACUCACAGGUUGGCGACCUCCCUGAGCCCUUCCCUCACAUGUUCCGGGCUCUGACGGGGGAAAAGGACACGCUCCUCCGCUGGACCUCCAUAACUUUUCCUAUCGACGUGGACCUUACUGACAUCGACGUCUCCACCAUGAACAAGAACAGAUAUAAGCUGGGCGCGAUUCCGGUGGACAACUCCCAAGACACCACACAGAUUGACCAGGUGACCGUCAACUGCACCGUGAUGUACAUGUCCCAGUGCAUGUCUGGCAAUAAGUGCAAGGAGACGUGCAGAUCCACUGGAGCCACCGCCUAUCGCUGGUUCUUCGACGGCUGUUGUGAAUGUGUGGGAAGCACCUGCGUCAAUUACGGCAUCAACGAAAGCAGGUGCAUCCAGUGCUCCAUAAUUGAGGACGUAGAUGCGAAUGACCAGCUCACUGACCAGUACCUUGCUGGCAGUGAUGAGCCCUUCGACGACCCCGCCGCCCAGGGAGUGGUGGACUCAGAGGAUGUGUGAGGAUGUGUAAGAAAUCACAACACACACAUCACUGCGGCAGUUACCCAAAACACUCCGUCACUGCAGCAGUUACCCAAAACACUCAUGUCACUGCAGCAGUUACACAAAAGUCAAACUUUAUGACUUAAGUACAGUUUCCUGUAGAUACCAUAUAAACACUAUCAAACUCAUUUAACCCAUCAGCUGCCACCCACACACACAUACUGCAGAAGCUGAGACAACAAAGUGGCACAUUUAAACGACAGCCCCAUCAUAAAAUACCGUAUUAUUCCCCAAGCAAGAUAACUAAAUUUCUUCAGCUGUGAGGUAAACACUGAACCACAGAAAUCUCAAGUGCCAGGGUGACAAGGGCAUUUUCAUCUCAUUACAAAGCUGCAGCGAGGCAAAUCAAACUUGCACCCCCUUCUGGCAAAGGCAAGCAUUGUAUUGUACAUAUCAAAGAGCCACCAGGCCCCAACACUAAUAUAAUAGGCAAGUAGAUUAUAGUAAGACCAGCAAUUCAAACUAAACUCCACUACCUUGCUGUAAAGUGGACCCUACACAAUCAGUAUUAUUGACACAAUAUAAUGACUCAUUUUUUAUUGUGCAAUAUUUGUUUCCCCUACACAAAAGCUUUUUGAGGUCUUCAGUAUAUUGUGUCAUUUUUCAAUACUACCCCUUCACUGUCAGUAAUAUUGUACAAUACAAUAUUGCACAAUAAUAGUGAUCAUGUAGGGUCAGCUUAAAUCUAUCAUUACUUAACCCUGUAUUAAGUAAUAGAUAGUUCAGGCCUGACUUUAAGACAUAUAUUAUUACUUGUAAAUAAUUUUUCAAGACUUAAAAGGAAUACUGAUGGAUUGUAAAUAGGUUCAAAUGCAUACCUUCCAAAAUAAAACACUUGAUGCCUGUUUGGUCAGCAUUCAAGUCAAGAAGUAUUAAGUAAAUCUAAAAAUGUUUGUAGCAGCCUGUGGUCAGUGCUCAGAAAUGGUGAUACCAAGGAUCAGUUUUGAGUCUUGUCAGAAUUUUUUUUUUUUUUUCCAAUAAGCUAAAGCAGAGUAACCAAAGAAUACCCACAUGCUUCCCAUCGGCCACAUCCUGACAGCUAAUGCAUCAACAGGGUCUAGGAUGUGGCAUGAGACUGCAUGUCACUAAAUAUCUGCUUGCACCACCACAGGCAGGGGCCAACCAACCAAGCCUCCAUAAUGAGAUUGACCAUACUGGCAUUGGUUACUGCAGAAUGCUCUUCUGCUAUAUGCCAAGAAAAUAAUUAAAAUGUGAUAUCAAAAAGAUGUAAUAAAUAUAAACAUAGUGGGCAUGUCCAUUAUGUCAAUAAUAACCAUGAUCCUUUGCUCACAAUACUGUACCAUUCCCAUGUUCACUGGUCUACUGAAAGUAACAAGUAAAAGAUACCCCAGUAAAAAA